AUGCCUCCAAAUAUCGUAGCUUCCAUUAUCGAGCUUGGCCAGAAGCGUAAAAACGAAGACUUAAAGGAGAUGUUGGAGAAAAUGAAAUCAAGCUAUCUCAUCGAUCUGGUCGUCUCGAAUCUGCAAACCAUCGACGGUUAUACGCUUUGGCACUACACGCUGCUCGGGCUGGCAUACUCGGGCGAGUCUCGGGAAAAGCGCUUCCAACUGAUCCUGGCCGUCCUGCGGCACAUGAACUCGGUGGAACUGUCAACGAAGCAGGCUUUCGAUCUGAUCGCUCGACUGCUGACCGACCUGCCGACACUUUCGCCAGAGCAGCUCGUGGAAAUUUGCGAACUGUGUAUCGAAUCGGUUCGGGGAUCCGAUGAUUCGAAAUGUCUAAGCUGGAAGUAUCUAUUGCCCCAAACGUUGGCCCAGCUGUCUGGCAGUGUCGGAAGGUUCAACGCAAACGGAUUGCUGCUGACCGGAGCCAGUUAUCGGCAAAAGUUGUUGGAGGAGCUGUUCAAAAUGAAACUACAAACGACCAUUCUUACACCGAUGUGUGCAAUGUUCCGGGAUUUGAACCUCUCCCGCGAAGAAGCGUCCACGUUCCUGACGAAAGUAUCCGACUGCAUCCGACAGGUUGAACCGCUCGAGCUUCCACCGCUAGCCUUUCAGCUGUUUCACGUGUGCCUCAAACAUCCGGUUCUGCUGAUAGUACCACUGAUGGCCCUGCAGAAGUAUUUCCAUAAGAAUUACUACAAAAAGGUGCUGUCGAAUGCCAACAGCGACACGACCGAUUUCGAUAGCAUUGAUCGAUACUCGGACAGUGAGCUACGUCAGGCCGAAGAAACCAUCCUGUACCACCUGUCGAACAUCACCGAGUUUCGGCUGGACGAGACGCAGAUCGUGGCGAUGUACAAACCGUUUCAGAACAACCCGGAGAAACUGCUGACGCCGUUUCUGGUUGGUUCGCUGCUGGCGAUGAGCCGCGUCAACCAACUGCCCGAUACGACCGAUGUCGUGUCGUCACCGAUAAUGGCGUUUCUGAUCAAGCUGAUCACGAUCAGUGAGCGAGAUCGCGAGCUGUGUGCCACGUCGGCGUGGUGCCGGGGCCGGAUUGAAUCGUCCGUGAGCUUCUCGGUGCAGGACCUGUUUUCGGUGCUAACGAAAAACAGCCAGGAAGGCAAGGAGGUGGUCACACCGGGUGUUAUACACUUUGCAUUUGCCCUUCUGCUGGCGAAGAAGCAACCGAAGCUGCACGAAAUUGCGAUUGAUUUCUUUAAAGAGUUCCUCAAACAGAGGUUCAUUUUCGGAAAUGGCAUCAUAGCAAAGCUGAAAAAAUUCCUCUUUGCCGACCUGGAAGAGACACAGUUCAACCUUUGCCUGACCACACUCAGCCUGACCAACACGUUCACGGUUUCGGAAUGCACUUCGACGAUACAGUUCAUAUUGGACUAUUUGCUUUUGAUAAACGGAACGUAUGCUAUGCGCUUUAUGGCAUUUAUAUUUCCACUGCUCCACCGGUCGCACACCAUCCGCGAUCGCUUCAUCAAGGUGCUUCGGGAUGCCAUGUACAAUGGAGAAAUUUCCACACGAAUAAUGGGCGUGUUUGGGUUCUGUUCGCUGUUGAAGCAGCUGAAAAACAGUAACUCGCGCCGCUCGAUCAUGGCUAACGGUGGUGGUAGCUUCACGCAGAUCACGAUCUCCGGAAUGUCACUUUUAUCGCAAGCUGCCUAUGGUUCCGCUAACAAUCCUAACUUUCACUUCGAUAUGCCGACGCUGGAAAUUAUGGGAAUACUGCGAAAGUGUUUCACGCAAACCGUCGAAGUCCGGCAGAUGCUCUACGAAGCCUUGGGACGUGCGGUUGAGUACAACACAAUGCUACUACCACAUGCGCUCCAGUUUAUCGAUUGGCAUUUCGAAAGCUACUUCGGCGAGAAUCCGAGCGAAUCGUUUGGUAUUGAGUUCGACAAGUGUGUUCGCUAUCGACACGACAUCGAGCACGAUGAGCACGCGUCGGACCUGGCGCGACCGAUCGUCGUGUACGAUCAUAUCGGACGCUUGACAGCAUUCAUGGUACACUGUGUCGUGCUGUGCGAUCAGCACGAUGUCCAGCACGACACGACGGCGAUUAAAAGCACGUUACAGCUGAUUGUGGAACGUGUCGAUACCAUUACCGUGGACAAGCUGGGCAUUGUGGGCACGUUGGAUUCGCGGGGAGUUGUAAUUGCUACACAAUAUUUGAAUGUGAUCGAGGCCGCGAUGGCAUACUGUGCGUGGAAAACGACGGCCAAUAAUGGCCUGUUAAGGGAUCUUUUCCGGUUGUUCAAACAUCAUCAGCAGUGCGCCGAAAAGUUCAAGAAAAUGGAACCGAAACGGGGAACCAACAAAAAGCAAACGACAGAUACGACGAUGAAUUCCACCAUCGUUUCUGCGAAAACGGGCAUAUCAUUUAAACCGGAAAACAUCUGGGAUGCCGCUACCGUGGAACGGCUCCUGCGGAUAAUGCUGGACAACUCCACGAGCCACGGAAAGGAAGAGGACCUCGACACAUUGCGCUCCAGUCGAGAGUUUCAACAGUAUUUGCUGAAGGUUGCGGGUCAGACGAUGGAAUCACUGCGCUCCCUGCCGGAUUACUGGCAAGCGAGCCACAGUAAGCGCACCUUCAGCCACUUGUGUGAGAUCACCAAACUAGUUUAUGAUCGAUGCGUCCGAAAGACAACGGAACUGCUAGCCAGUGGUGGAAUGUUGGUGUCUCAAGCGGCCGUCGAGUGCUUCCGUCAGGCUUUGAUAACCUCACAGGAGCUGUACGAGAGAAAAUUCAACGACUUUCUUCAACUUAUAUGUUGCACCAUUGGAUUGUCCUUCAAGAAGGACCUUCUAACGAAUCUGCAAACCAUCAUCGAUCAAUACUUUGCUGGAGAAGAUUCGGCCCCGGGUUCGGUGGCAGAGAAAAUCAUCGUCGGCCUGUUUCAGUGCCUUGAGCUGCUCUAUAAAUCUCCCGUCAUGGAUCAGCACCUUCUGACGCUGGCCUACGAUUGGUUGCAGCAAUUCUGCAUCAACACGAAGCUGAAAACGAAACCCCUUGCCAUCGUUCACCGCAUUCUGUUCGAUCUUCGGAUGCGCACACAAACUGGGGCCUACUUCGAUUCGGUGGCGAUGCGGCUCGAGCUUAAAUUUGGCCAAAUAACGACGGAGGAAGUGUCUCCACUGUUUUGUCUCAAAUCGAUCACUUCCGGUACGGUGGAACAAACGUUUCUCCAUCUGUGUGCCGUCGUGCGGCAGCAGCUGGAAGAGAUUGAACAUUUGAUCCUGCGGAUCAACAGUUUGAUGGCCCGAUUGAAGGUUUUCGGCCUCCAUGAUACCGAUGAAACGACUCAAAUGCUGAAAUCAAUGGAACGAUCAAUCUGCUCCCAGUUGGUGCACAUCCUAACGAUUCUCACGCAUCUUUGCAACAUGCAUUUGCCACUCGGUUCGACGAUGGACACGUUGAUAAAACUACUCCUCGCGAUGUACGCGUGUCUUGCCAACCUGAGUCGUCACUUUCUUGCUUGCCAUGCGAUCGUACCCGUGUCGUACGAAGUUACGAAAUUUAACCUGGUGGUGAAGGCUUCAAAACCGCUCGCGGCGAAAAUCUACGAUCUCAUUCCGUUCAUCGAGGAAAACGUUCUCGGCCAGGACGAGGGUGAAGAGCCGGCCAGUUCGGCGAAAGCAAAAUCGAACCGCGACAAGGUGCUUCGCCAGACGAAACUGAUUCCCAAGCUGGUGUUUCGAAUCGAGUCGUUCAACAAGAUCGUCACGCAGGUGAGCAGGAAAACGAAAAAGGACCUCACGUGUCUGCUGCACCUGGGCACGGUGCGAGACUUUCGAAUCAAAACGUCCGCCUUGAUGGAAGCGAUCGAGAAGAGCGUGUCGGAUGGUGUGGCCGACGAUUUUCCUGCGGAGGACGCAGAACUGGAACCACAGUUGGAUCCGGAAGAGGAUGACCCGGAACUGGAGUCCACCAUCGACCGUUUGACUUGCUCUAAUCGAUCGGAAGUUAUCCGUGAGCCACCCGUUAGCGCGACAGUGAGUGCGGAAGCGUUGGCGUUGAAGAAUCUGGCCCGAUUGAACGAACGCACGCGUAAGGCGGCCAAGAAGCGUGCGAUCGAAACGGUGGACGAAGGCGCGUUGCCUAAGAAGCAGAAAACCGCGAAAAGUAGGGCUGGUGCUACUGUGAAGAUCAACAAGCGGGCCCUGCAGGAGGCAAACGAGGCAGCGAACGGUGCUGAGCCGGGGCCAGAAGCCGCUCCGGCGAAAGGAGCCUUGACGCGAACGCGCACCCUGGGGGUAUCGAGACGGAGUGCUAGAAAAAGUGAAACAUGACUUACUGGAGGCAUUUAAAAUGAUC